GCUAGCAGACCAAACGCUUCAAUGCAAACUGAGCGCUCACCCGAAGCGCAUCCGUGUGAAAUUUCCGUGAGAAAGAAAAAAAGAGAGAAGAAGGAAAAGAGGGAAAGAGAGAGAGAGAGAGAGAGAAAUUGAAUUCGGUUCUCGCAACGCAGGAAGAGAUACGAAAUCGCGGUGUUCGAUCUCGUGUUUACGACAAUCGAUGAAAAUCGAUGAGGGUACGAUGGCGCGAUAUGUCGGUCUUAGUGAGACUUUUAUUGUCCUUCUCGUAGUGGCCCAUCUGGAGCAGCUGGUCCUGCAUAAUCGAGCGCCCGUUGUGGAGGCAGUAAUAGAGGACCGAUUUGAGAACCGAUUUGAGAAAUGCUGCGGCCUGGGCACUUCUUGGGCCGCGGAGGGUCUCAGAUGUGAGAAAUUUAUCGGGCCCGUGCCUGGAGUGCCGACAGUGGAGCAAGGUCCUUGCCAGAAGGCCGUGGACAUCUGUUGCGUCCGGAAGUAUCACGAUCUACAAUGCGAGAAGGGAAAAGCGGACGCGCGCCAAGGGCUGCCGUGCCUGUCGAACGUGACGAGCGCGAGGAGGACGAAGAUAACCAGCCGCAGCGACUACCAUCGUGACUGUUGCGAGGGCUGCAAACUAGGUAUCUACGCGGCGUCGACGGGCCAAGGAUGCAGUUUCAAAAGCUUCUCCUUUGGUAUUCCGUGGGAUCCCGCAUUCCUGGAGUGCUGUCAUGAAAAUCUGCCGAGUACCACGACGGAUCUCACGAGUCCAUCAACCAUGAAUACCGAAUUCUCGUCGUCCCCGUCGUCACAGUACUCGUCGUCUCCCUCGUCACCGUACUCGUCGUCUUCGUCGUCACAGUACUCGUCGUCUCCAUCGUCACCGUACUCGUCGUCUUCGUCGUCACAGUACUCGUCAUCUCCGUCGUCACAGCACUCGUCGUCAGCCUCGUCACCAUACUCGUCGUCGCCGUCGUCGCCGAUAUCCUCGGCAUUAUCCUCUUCGCAGACAUCGCCUUCGUCUUCAUCAUCGGAUCGCUCGUCUUCUUCUUCUACGUCAUCUUCGGAAUCCACACCGUAUUCGAUACCAACUCCAGAGCUGGACGAUAUCUGUCAACUCAUGAAAGGCAUACUCUGCUCUGACAUUUGCGUGCCGACGCCGGGCUCGUAUUAUUGUAAGUGCCGCGACGGCUUCACUUUAUUGGAGGACGGAAAGACCUGCAGCCAAGAUCCGACUGACAGAUGCAAGGCGACCCAUCCGUGCGAGCAAAUCUGCACCGACAACGGGGAGGCUGUCAUAUGCAGCUGUAAUCCGGGAUACGACCUGGCCGACGACGGGCGUUCUUGCAACCCGAAGACCACCAAAAACAAGAAGUCGACGGAUGCAGACAAGGAGAGCCUGCCGUCACCGCGUUGUCCGCCGGGUUAUCGCUACAACGCCAACAAUCAAGUGUGCGACGAUAUUGACGAGUGCUCCGUUCUAUCGAACGCUUGCACUGACGCUAAGCCGUUCUGCGUGAACACGCCGGGCAGUUACGCUUGCCUCGAAAUGACCGGGGUGAAGUCCUGUCCCGCCGGGUUCAAGUACGACAAGUCGUUGCAACAAUGCAAGGACGUGGAUGAAUGCGCGGAAGCUAUUCACAGCUGUUUGGAGGAUGUCGAAGAAUGCCGCAACACCGAUGGUGCUUACGAGUGCGACAUGAAAUGCGAGAAAGGAUUCACGUACAGUAUUAGUAUGGGUAUCUGCGUCGACAUAAACGAAUGCGCCGAGUCGAGCAAUCUUUGUCCCGAGCCCGGCACAUUAUGCGUCAACACCCUGGGUGCUUAUGAGUGCGUGAUGUCUUCGGGCGAUCCCCUUCCACGGCUGCCGGCCGAGAAGGAUCUCUCCGAUCGUCAGAGGAACGUAUCACCGAGCUCGUUGACUUGUAUCGCAGGAUACAAGCCCGCGAACAACUCGGACAUCACGUGCGUAGACGUCGACGAGUGCAGCGAGCAGCUGCACUCCUGCGAGCCGGACGAACUUUGCGUCAAUGAAAUCGGCAGCUACAGAUGCGUGCCGGCUGAACACGACGAGGGCGUACCCACCGUGAAGAAGAGCGACGACGGUCGACGCGACGACCGCUACAGCAGGAAUCACAAGCUCGGAGAAACGAGCACUUUUCCCAUCACCAAUAAUAAUAACGAUAACAAAAUGGAGGAUUGCGGCAAUGGCUACUUCCUCGACGGAAAAUCGCGUCGUUGUAUCGACGUUGAUGAAUGCGCCAACGGGUUCGCAACCUGUGGGGUCGGCGAACGUUGCGUGAACACGGAGGGUAGUUACCGUUGCUCUCCGACCUGCUUGCCCGGCUUUCGGUUGCGUCCGAAUCUCGUUAACGACACCGAGGAACCCUGCGAAGACAUCAACGAGUGCUCACUCGGACUGCACAAUUGCAAUCGCUUGACUCAUCGUUGCCUCAACACGAACGGCUCUUAUCUCUGUGAAUUAUUAACAACGACAACUACUACCACCACUACUACCAGCACUACGACGACGACGACAACCAGAAGACCUUACCACGAUUCACGCUACAAAACACAGUCGUCUAGAGGCCACAAUGUGUUAAAUAACAAAGCGGAUCGUUAUUGGUCCACGGAACCGUGCAGACUGGGGUACAAGCGAGAGGUGAGCACAGGAUUCUGCGUGGAUAUCGACGAGUGUUUGGUCGGGCCAGGCUGUCGCGAUUACGAGAAAUGCGCGAACGCUCCGGGCGGGUACGACUGUUCGCCGCUCUGCGGCACUGGCUGGUUCUUCAACACAGCCACGAAGAGCUGUCAGGAUGUGGACGAGUGUCUGUUAGGUAGACACGAUUGUUCUCAGGGUACUCACAGAUGCGUCAACACUAACGGAUCCUUCGUGUGCGAGUUGAUACCGCCGUGCAAGCGCGGCUUUCGACGAACUUUCAACGGCACCUGCCUCGACAUCGACGAGUGCUCCGAGAGUCUGCACACCUGCCGACUCGACCUGCAUCAGUACUGCGUGAACAGGGAGGGCAGCUUUGAGUGUUUGACCCGGCUGCCCUCUUGCCAAUCCGGGUACCAAUAUUCUUUAGACACUCGACAGUGCGAGGACAUCGACGAAUGCUCGAUCGGCCAGUACAACUGUGACGCGAGACAUCUCGAGAGAUGCGUCAACCUGCCGGGCACAUACAGGUGCGAGAGACUCUCACCUGCCGUGCAACGUCCACGUCAACGACCCGCCUGUCCUUCCGGCUACCGAUACAACGUUCAUUUUCGCGCAUGUGCGGAUAUAGACGAAUGCGCGGAGGGACUGGACACGUGCGGCGCUGAGAUUUGCUACAACCAACCGGGUGGUUACAGCUGCGCAACGCCGCCCGCCCCGAUCACCAGGAAGCCGUCGACGACGGCGGCGUUGCCGGUUAACAACCAGAAGUGCAUCGACGGCACGAGGUACGUGAGGAAUCGCGGCUGCGUCGACAUCAACGAGUGCAGGGAGCUCGAGGACGCGUGCAGCAGCAACGAGGAAUGCGUCAACACCAUGGGUAGCUACACGUGCACCUGCAAGACCGGUUUCAGGCGCGACAAUCUUACGCAGGCCUGCGUCGAUAUCAACGAGUGUCAGUUGCAGCAGAACGACUGCUUGCCGACGCAGCGAUGCGACAACACGAUCGGCAGUUACACGUGCACGCGUUUCCUGCCCUGCGGUACCGGCUACACGCUGAACGCCGCGACGGAGAUCUGCGAGGACGACGACGAGUGCGUCCUAGGCACUGACGACUGCAGCGCCGGGUAUCAGUGCAGGAACACCCUCGGCUCCUACCGCUGCGAUCGCAUACCGCGCAUACCGGUCCCGCAGCCGCGCACCUUACCGUUCUCGAGAGCCACGAUGACGACGACGACGACGACGACGACGGCCACACCGUUGACGCCGGCUGGGUCUCGGCCGAGUUGCCCGCCCGGCUUCGAGACCGGCUCCGGGGGCAAGUGCGUCGACAUCGACGAGUGCCGGAGAACCCCGAGUCUCUGCGGCCGGCAGAAUUGUAUCAACACUUUGGGAUCCUUCAGAUGCGUCUCCAGAGUGAUCUGCCCGCCCGGCUACGCUUUAGACCCGGUGUCCGGGCAACAUUGCCUCGACAUAGACGAAUGUCGCGAAGGUACCCACGAGUGCGUCAAGGGCCAGAUCUGCGAGAACCGACCAGGCGGCUAUCACUGCCUCUGUCCGCCGGGAUACGUUGACGGGCCCAACAACGACUGCGUCGACAUCGACGAGUGCAGUGUUUACGGCUCUCGCAUAUGCGGGCUGAACAGCCGCUGCGAGAACACCGCUGGCUCAUUCAGGUGCCUGUGCGACGAAGGCUUCGAGAACAGCAGAGGUACCGGCCCUUGUCAGGACAUCGACGAGUGCGAGCGCAUCCCGGGACUUUGUCAGCACGUGUGCCUGAACGUCUGGGGCAGUUACAGGUGCGGAUGCAACGGUGGAUUCAGAUUGAACGCCGACAAUCGAUCCUGCAGCGACGUGGACGAGUGUACGGAAUUCAAGGAUAAUAAUCUCUGCAUCGGUAUCUGUGACAACACGCCGGGGAGUUACGCGUGCAAGUGUCCCGAUGGAUACCGGCUCGGCACCGAUGGUCGAACAUGUCAAGACAUCAACGAGUGCGCGGCCGGCAAGGUCUGCAGGGAUUCGGACGAGACAUGCCACAACACAAGGGGCAGCUACCGCUGCAACAGGAUCAACUGUCCCGCGGGAUAUCAUCGGGACCCCAUGAAAAAAAACCGUUGCGUGCGCGCUGUUAAGUCUUGCCCGUGGGGUGACCUGGCCUGUAUUCGCUUGCCGUUGCAUUACUCCUACAACUUCAUCACCUUCGUGAGCAUGUUUCCGAUUCCGAACACCGGCCAGCUGGAGUUGUUCACCAUGAGAAGCAAUCACCAUCCGGACUCGUCGAUACAGUUCACCAUGGCGUUGAUGGACGUGCGCGCGGCACCUGGCGUUAUGCGCGCCACCGAGUCCUGCUUCAGCCUGAGGAAACCGUCACAUUCUCAGGCGGUGUUGGUGCUGACGCGCAGCAUCCCAGGGCCGCAGGAUAUCGAGCUGGACCUCAGCAUGGAGAUCUAUCACGACAACAAGUUCGUCGGCAGCGCCGUCGCCAAGAUCAUCAUCUUCGUCUCCCAGUACGAGUUCUGAGCGGAUUCUCUCUGAGGACGAGGGCGCAGGAUGAAACGAUAAGGAUAAAAAUCGUGGAACGAAGCGAUAUAAUUUAGUGCAGCCGAUCCUCCUCUCUUCCUGCUCUUCUCCUGUCCUCUCGUGUGAUUAACACGUUGAUUGCCGUGUUGAGUUCCUCCGAUUAUGCGAUUAGACGUCUUUUAGAAAUACUGCCUGGGUAUUUCUCUAUUGGUCGUACAAGCGAUUUUCCAAAUGCACUUACAAAUGGGCAACACAUUGCAUCAAUAGGUCUGUUUUUUUAACUGAACUGUUGUUGCAUUGGAACUUCGUCCCUUUCCCUUUCAACGCUAGGUUAGAUACUUGUUUCGCUCUAACGGCAAAAAGGACAGCCUAGCUCAGCUCAAAAGAACAGACCUAAUGUUAUAAUUUUCUACUCAUGAACGUAUCCGUUAUGUACGACGUGUGUUACAUCCCACUCUUCCAUUGUUGAGGUACUUGAUGUUCCCUGGAUAAUUACACUUCGCUAUUAUAUAACCCAAUGAGACGCGGUAAUAUCAUAGAGAGUCGGCCACCAGUGACCGUCACGGCAUUCAAAGUGUUCAUUUCCAGCUUCUUCCACGGCUACAAUCGAGAAGGUUAAAAGCAGGAAGAGUAUCGCACAUGUAUCUCUUAUGUGUUACAUCAUCGAAUAUAGUACCGUUCACUUUGGAACGAUGAUUUCUCGAAAGACAGAAAAUAUCCUCAAAUUUUAACGAUCGCGUACGUGACGUAAAAUCUGUUUACUCGAAGAAUACGAAUCUUUUUUUCUUUUUCCAAGGAAUGUAAGGAAUACAUAAGACGCGCAAUCUUUCGAGCGAUGUACGUUAAGUUCAAUAGCAUGGACACUUAUUUUUUUUUUCUCCGCCCGUCUUUGAGGAAAGCCAAAUAUUGAAUUAAAUAUCGUACGUAUUGUUAGCGUAUCAGAAAAAUAGCUGUGUAAAAACCGAAUUUUCAAUGUACAUAUAGAUUCUUGUAAGUUAAGUCGCACGCAAAGGACACACAGAGCAUGAAAUAAAAACUUACGUCGGA